UUUUGUCGUAACAAGAAAGAUGUGCUCCUUGUGUUAAGCGUCAUGCAGCUAAUGAGCGAAGAUGCAGUGGAGUCUGUUUGUGCUCAUUCUGAUGGGGAAAGACAUCAGAGAGACACAACGAGAGAAGAAGCCACCAGAUAGCAAGGAUGCAGUGGAGUCUGAUUCUGUUCAUUCUGAUGGGCCAGUGUUCCUUCUUUGUGUGUGAACUCUAUGAGUACCACUUCAUUAAUGAGAGUAAGACCUGGAGUGAAGCUCAGUCGUAUUGCAGGGAGCACUACACUGACCUGGCCACAGUGUCUAACGCGACAGAUAUGAACAAACUCCACGGCUCACAGAAUCAAGAUGGAGCCUGGAUUGGGCUGCACUGCAUCUACACAAAAAGCAUCAACACGUGGUGGUGUUCUCUUCCAGGGGAGGAGGGCAACAAUCCUGAGAACUGUGUGCUGAUGAGGGAUGGUGAAUGGUUUGACUUCCCUUGUACUCAUGAAUGUAAAUGUAUCUGCUACAAUGGAACUAGGACAUCUGGCAAAUCAUUUAGUUUCAUUAACAAUAAGAUGAUCUUGCCAGAGGCUCAGAACUACUGCAGAGAACAUCACACUGACCUGGUCUGUGGAGUCCAACAGCUACAACACGAAGAUCUCCGGACAGAAGCAGGUUUUGAACGUAACUUGUGGAUCGGCCUGUUCAGAGAAGUCUAUAAGUGGUCGGCUGGGGGCAAUUUCUCUAACAGCUACUGCGAUCUGCAGUUACUUAAAGAUAAAGAAUGCAGAAAAAUAUGUGCUGUGAAAAUGUUAAAUGGAAAAUGGAGUUUUGAUGAAUGUAAUAAAACAAAACCCUUCUACUGCUAUGACGUUAUCCUGAUCAAAAAGGCAAAGACCUGGAAGGACGCCUUGGAUUACUGCAGAGAACACCACCGUGAUCUGGUCUCCAUCACCAACCUCGACCAGCAGAGAUGGGUCCAAGAGAUAGCCAAGAACGCCGACAGUUCCCACGUCUGGCUGGGACUGCGCUACACCUGCACUCUGGAUUUGUGGUUCUGGGUCAAUGACAAGCUGGUCUGCUAUGAGAACUGGUCCUCAGGAGAAAAUACUGAGGCUUGUGACAUGGCUGCAGCCAUGGACAUAAAAACAUAG